AAAUAUAAAAUAAAAUGAUGAUUAUAAUGCCAACCUACAAAAAUAAUUUGGAAGUGUUAAUAAAGCAAGAUUUGAAAUAAGGUAUGGGUUUAAUCGAUCAUGAAUAAACAGAGAGUUUUCAUGUAUGGAAGUUUCGUGGUGGUUCGACAAAUAUUUAUGAAGAAAGUAUAAUCUCUUCAUAUAGACAGAUUCAGUUUAUUAUGAGAGUAAUGAUAAUUAGCCUAACAAAAAGUAUCUAGUUAAGGUGAAUAAAUAAGGUAAAUAAUUUGUUUGAAAGAGUAAAAAUAGGAAAUCAAUAUGAAAUCAUGUUAGUUUAACCAACAUUUAUUGUAGUUAAGGAUAUUAAAUCAGUAAGUGGAUCAGAAUAUCCGAUCAUGGCUAAUUCAAUAAUACGUUUAGGAAGAGUGUAUAUAUAUUAAUGAUAUCUGUUAGUGAAUAUAGAGUGAUUGAAGAGCGUAAUAAAUAGAUGUAAAUAACAUAUGCAGAAGUAAAGAAUUAGGAAUCAUUAUAAUAAAAUGAUAUUAAUAAGAUAUAUUAAUGCAGAUUCUGUUUUAUGGAAGGCAAAUAGAGUAGAGAUUAAUUGUUUCUAACUAAUAUUUGCAGAUGUGUAGGAAAUAGUUAGGCUGUACAUUUAGAAUGUAUGAGAUAUUGGGUAGAUUCUAAUAUUACACGUGAAGAGACACAAUUUGGAUUAUCUUUAAAAUGGUAAAUCAACAUAUCAUUAUACAUAGGAAUAAAUAACAUGAAUGUUCUAUUUGCAAAUAAACUUUACCAGUAAGAGUUCAGUAUGAGAAUGAGUAUUUCGAUCUAUUCACUCUUGAAAGACCAUAAUUCUAAUACAUCUUAAUUGAAGUAAUACAAUUUUAGCAUAAUCAAAUUAAGAAUGUCAAUAAGGAAAAGAAUGUCUUUGGUGAGAUCUAUCUGAUACAUGCUCUCUUAUAAGACAAUAUAAAACUAGUAAUUCUUUGAUCAGCUAUCAAAAAGGGCAGAGGUUUAUAAUGUGACAUCAAAGUCCAAGAUAUAACAGUGUCUCGACAUCAUGCCACAAUCAAAUUAUCAUAAGACAACUUUGUCAUCGAGGACAAUAAGAGUAAAUUUGGAACCUUAGUUUCAAUUAAUAAAAUCUGUUAUCUUGAUUGUAUUUCUUGCACUCUUCAAAUUGGCAAAUUAUUAAUCAAUCUUAUUCAAACAGAUUAUAUUCAUAAAGGUAUAUAAAUCAUCUCUCAUUUAAGGAGCACCAUCAACUCAACACAAAUUGACUCAACUACCAUAAAUUAGUAAACAAUUAGAAGAAGAUGAACCAUAAAUGGAUGAUGACUCAUUUCAAUUAGAAAAUUAAUGA